GAGGGUCAACAUCGUUCGACGCGCGGGUGCCCGUGCGGAGCAGUACCUCGUAAUUUCCCAACUCCUCUGUAAUGUAAGAAACUCUCCUCCUCAUCCUCCUCCUUCGCAAUCAGAGCGUCGGCCAAGAAGAAACCCUCCGUGUUGGUUGGCGAAAGUUGAUCUUGCAGAAGCAGCAGCCCAAUACAAAGGGAGGAAUGGAUGGACGAAACGAUGUUAACCGGGGAGAAUUCACGUGGAAAAUCAGCCACUUCAGUGAGCGGGAUGCGACGAAGCUUUGCUCUAGAGCAUUCACGGUUUCUGGUUGUAAAUGGAGAAUUGUUGUAUACCCCAAGGGGGGUGUCACGAAAAAUCUGCCGCUGUACCUCGAAGUCCCUGAUUCUGCGACGUUGCCGAACGGGUGGACCAGAAAAGCCAAGUUCAGCUUGAGGGUGAUCGAUCAAUUCGAUAAUGCUCGCUCUGUUAGAAAGGAGUGGCAACAUGUUUUCACUGCGAGCGAGAGUCACUGGGGUCACUCAAGUUUCAUUCCAUUGACUGAGCUUUGUAAUCGUACUGCGGGAUACCUAGCAAAUGACACUUUGGUGAUUAAGGCCGAAGUUUGCGUCUUAAGAGUUACUCCUCCAGUGAAUAUUCAGCCAGCUAGACCAACCGAUAACUUUGACUCCUAUUUUACUGGGCUGGAGGAAUUCAUCGAUGCUGCUGAGACCGAUGGUGUUAGAGUAGGAUCAAGUUUGUGCCACCAAGAUGGUUCUUUGACGGCUGAAAUUCCUAGCUUAGAAGAAGUUGAGAAGGCUAAGCAGUCUUUGAAGGAAUGCCUUUCGGAUCUCUUUAAAUUGAAUAUGAAAGAGAGGCUAUCUGAGGCACUAUCAACUUUAAGCUUAGCCAGAACUGGAUUAUCGCCGGAGCAACGAAUAGCAAUUGAGACAUUUCAGGCCAAUUUCAGUGAUUUCACUUCCGACUUCUUAACAUUUGAGCAGGACAAUGCUGAGUUUGAGCUGCAUAAACUACAAAAGGAUCAAAGGUUCUCUGCUAUGAAAAAGAGCCAUGAGACUCACAUCUUGUAUAAGCAGUUAAUGUAUGACCUCGACACGGAAGAGGAAGACCUAAAAAGAAAGAUGGAGGAAGUGAAAUCUAGGAGGAACAAGCUCCUCUCAGACUGGGAGAUCUUGCUGGUUGAGUCCGAAGAAGCGAGGUCGGGCUAUAAAGAUGAGCAGAAGAAAGUAGCGGAGGCUGAGGAAAAGAAGAGAAUAGCUGAGGAAAGAAUGUCUAGAUCAGCCACUGCUUGGUCAAAUUUGAAGGCUCAAUUCUGUUAAAACUUUAAGGUUUCAAAUAGGCUGUGAGGCAAUUCUUCACUUAAAGUUUGAAAACUGUGCUUUGCUUGACUAUAUUUUGGCCAAUUUUUGGCAGAACAAUUGCUCAAGAGGGGCUUAUGUGGUUGAUCCUGUAUCAUGUUAGUUUAGUCAGCAUGUUGGUCAUAUAUAUAAAUACACACAGAUGUCAAUAGCAUUAGUUUUUUAUGUCUUGAUAUAAAUUGCCUAGUCCUUGCGCUUUUUUCUCUUGGAGCUUGGAAAUUCUCACAAUUGUGAUUCACUUUCCUAACUGUUGUUCUGUCAAUAUGUGAAGAUCAAGUUGUUCCUCCA